GCCAAAAUAUCUUAUAACAUGUGGCUCUCUUUCUUUUCCAUACUCUUUCUAAUUCUCUGCUCCUAAAACACAAUCAACAAAUUGCAGGGUGUAUGUGUAUCAAACCACCUCAAAAAAAAAAUGGCUUCUACAACCUUUUCUCUUAACUUUGCAACACUAAAUUCACCAAUCAUACAUAAAGGGCAGAAGAUUUUAUUACAUGAUCAGUUCCCAAAAUCCUUAUCAAACUUCUCAUAUCAUAAACUUAAGCAUCAUCAUCUGCUAACUUGCAAGGCUGCAUCAUCAUCGUCGUUGUCAUCAACAAGCUCGAUAAUGGAGUACGACCUGUAUGAUCUUUUAGGGAUAGACAGUAGCAGUGAUCAAAGCCAGAUUAAAAGGGCAUACAGAUCCCUUCAAAAAAGAUGUCAUCCUGAUAUUGCAGGGCUAGCAGGCCAUGAUAUGGCUAUCAUCCUUAAUGAAGCUUAUGCUGUUCUCUCUGAUCCCAUCUCUCGAUAUGUCUACGAUAAGGAACGAGCUAAGCUCACAGAGUUGCAAGGAUACACAGGCAGGCCAAUGUACUCGGUUUGGCUAGGACCAGAAAGUGAACAAAGGGCCAUAUUUGUUGAUGAGAUCAGGUGUGUAGGUUGCUUAAAAUGUGCAUUGCUUGCUGAGAAGACGUUUGCUAUCGAGUCUACCUAUGGCAGGGCUCGUGUUGUGUCACAGUGGGCUGAUCCUGAAGAUAAAAUUCAAGCAGCCAUAGAUGCUUGUCCUGUCGAUUGCAUCUCGACAGUGGACAGAUCAGACCUUGCUGCACUGGAAUUUCUCAUGUCAAAGCAGCCAAGAGGGAAGGUCAGGAUAGGGGCAAGCAACACAGCUGGUGCACGAACCUUCGAUGUUUUCUCUGAACUUAAAUUUUUCCAGAAACGAUUGGAAGAAGCAGCAACGAAAAAAUCAAAUCAAGACUCUAAGUACUCUGAUAUCCAGAGAGAUGCAAGGAUGUCAGCAAUACAAACCAUCAGGUCAAUCUCAAAUUGGUUGUACUGGCAACACCCCACUUCAGAUACUUCUCUGAGCUUAACACUAAGGGAAAAGAACAUAUCCCGAGAUCCUGACAUUGAGAAGCUCAGAAAUGCAGCAGCAGCAGCUAGGAAACACGGUAUGUUUAAGACUCGGGCCAAUGCAAAGGUUCUCUCUCAAGAAACAAAGCAGGAAGAAUAUUGGGUUCCAUCAACCCCUGUACUUCCACUGAAAAUAGAGAACAAGUCAUAUGCUCAGACAAGAAGUAAAACACCAUCUUAUACUGGAGUUAACCGGGGCAAAGCAUACAUGAAAAGAGAUAUUAAACCGAGCAAUCCCCUUAUUUCAGGUAUUCCAAUAGGGUUGGGUGUGGUUGCUGCGAUUACAGUUGGAUUACAAGGACCAGGUGAGGCAGUUGGAGGAUUGGACAGACAUAUAGGUGGUUCUUUCGCACAACAGGUAGUAAACAGUUUUGGGAUGCAGGUUAUGCUAGCUGGAGUAACUUGGUAUCUUAUCGGAUCUUAUGUCAUAGGAGUAGUAGGGAGCCUGUCAAGAAAGGAUUAAAGGUAGAGAGACCUACGUCUGCCAAUCUUUUAAUUUCAGGAAUUCAAUAGGUGUACAUUUGUAUAGAAAGUAUACACAUAGGGUAUAUAUUUAAAUUGUAAUAAAGCUAGAUGUUCGGAUAUCUGAACGCUAAAACAUAAACGAUCAACCACGUUAUGUACAAGGAAACACAGGGAAUUUGUUGUUACAGGAUAAUCUAGACAUUCUCAAUCAACUGUAUUAUGAACAUGUGCUUUAAUGUUCACACAUUAUCAAU